AAAUGUUGCACUUACCCUCAGUCAAAACAUCCUCUAUAAGCAGAGCAAUGCCUCACUAGAAUUUAUUCUCUGUACAUUUGGUCUCUUACACUCCUGUGCAUAUAAGCUUCUGAACCAUAUGCAAAGAAAAUUAGAUACAUGUCAAACAAUAUGUAUCCAAUCUUUUCUCACAUUUGAAAACUAAUGAAACGGAUAAGAGUAAAUAUGUACAAAAGAAGAUGAUAUGUCAUUUUACACGAGGACUAAGCAGAAGAGCAAAAUUUUCAAAGACUGUGUAAGAUGGAUUAAAAUCAUUAAAAUCUGCAAUUAAGCUCGAUCAGCAACAUAUAAAAGUUAACCACUACAAUCUCUAAUAAAACUCAAUCUGCAGCACAGCAGCAGAGUAGAUUUAAAAACCGGAUGGAUCAACUCGGUUUAGACAUCCCAAGCUGGAACUAUAUAUUGAUUGCAAAGGAGGAUCAUUUUUGUAUUUAUUGUGGUAGAUCCAACGGUUAGAAAGGCAGACAAAAGAAGUGAAGACGACGACGUUUUGAGAAUCAUGAACCGUCAAUGCUCUCAUCAAACUGUUACCAGAAGAAGAGAAAGAUGAAAUAGAUAUUCCUUCAAAAAGUUUCAGUCUUUCCUCCAUUUCUCACAUACCCAUCUCCAAAAAAUCUCAUCUUGAUUCUUCAAUCGGAACAUGUUAAUCAAUUGCUGAUUAACCUUUUCCCUCCCCGUUGAUUUUCAUCCCUGUGAAACCGCCAUGGCCGCGGCUCUGAGGUCAAACACCUCGAGAGAAACCGCUUCUCUCGCACUCUCUCACUUUCGUUACUUCUUCUUCAACCGUCUCCACACCUCCUCGACUCCUCCUCGCAGCAGCCACCGUAACAAGAUCGCGUCUCUCAAGCCUACGGGAGGAGAGCGGCGGUGCUACGCUACGGAGAAGGUGAAAGGUGUAAAGUCUGCUCUUUUGUGCUCGCAAGGAGACCCGCCGGAUCUCUGGCAGCCUCCCGGAGAUGGAGCUUCCUCCCUUCGGCUUAAUACCGGUCGUGUCGGUGGUGGUGGAGGCAGUGCUGGUGUUGGUAACGGAGCAGGGUCGGAUUCGAAGGAGGAUUGUUGGGGUGGGUCUAAUCUUGGGUCUAGCUUUCCGACACCGAAGGAGAUUUGUAAUGGUUUGGACAAGUUCGUGAUUGGUCAGGAGAGAGCCAAAAAGGUGCUUUCAGUGGCAGUGUACAAUCACUACAAGAGGAUAUAUUACGAAUCAUUACAGAAACGGUCCUCAGGAGAAACCGAUAGCACCGCAGCGAAACCAGCUGAUGAUGAUGAUCUGGUAGAACUGGAGAAGAGUAACAUUCUCCUGAUGGGACCAACUGGCUCAGGGAAGACACUACUUGCGAAAACCUUGGCACGGUUUGUGAAUGUUCCUUUUGUCAUUGCUGAUGCAACCACAUUGACUCAGGCUGGUUAUGUGGGAGAGGACGUAGAAUCUAUAUUAUACAAACUUCUCACAGUCGCAGAUUAUAAUGUUGCAGCUGCACAACAGGGGAUUGUUUACAUUGAUGAAGUCGACAAGAUAACAAAGAAGGCAGAAAGCCUUAACAUCAGCAGAGAUGUAUCAGGAGAAGGUGUUCAACAAGCAUUGCUAAAGAUGCUGGAAGGAACUAUCGUUAAUGUACCUGAGAAGGGCGCUAGAAAGCACCCUAGAGGCGACAACAUCCAGAUAGACACAAAAGAUAUACUCUUCAUAUGUGGUGGUGCUUUUGUAGACAUCGAAAAGACCAUUUCAGAGAGGCGCCAUGAUUCGUCAAUAGGGUUUGGUGCUCCUGUGCGUGCUAACAUGAGGGCGGGUGGUGUUACAAACGCCGCUGUUGCCUCAAACCUGAUGGAAACUGUGGAAAGCAGUGACCUGAUUGCUUAUGGUUUAAUACCUGAGUUUGUUGGAAGGUUUCCUGUUCUCGUCAGUUUGUCUGCUCUGACCGAGAACCAACUUAUGCAGGUGCUAACGGAGCCCAAGAACGCACUUGGAAAGCAAUACAAGAAGAUGUAUCAGAUGAAUAGUGUGAAGCUGCAUUUCACGGAAACAGCGCUGCGGCUAAUAGCUAGAAAAGCAAUAACGAAAAACACUGGAGCUCGUGGCUUAAGAGCUCUUUUAGAAAGCAUCCUCAUGGACUCUAUGUACGAGAUACCGGACGAGGGUACAGGGAAGGAUAUGAUAGAGGCGGUUGUGGUGGAUGAAGAAUCAGUUGAAGGAGAAGGGCGUAGAGGCUCUGGAGCCAAGAUUCUCCGUGGGAAAGGAGCUUUGGCUCUGUAUCUCUCUGAAACCACUAAGUCCAAGGAUUCUCCUCAGACGACCAAGGAAGGAUCUGAAGGAGAAACUGAGGUGGAGCCGGUUGUAGCCAAUAUGUAAUGUAUCAAUAUACAUCAUCAUCGAUCCAGAACAUCUGGUAAAAUGUAUCUCUCUGUAUGCAUAACUUUUAACGUUCUUUGUACAUAUAUGAAAGAAAGAAAACAAACUUGGAUUAGUAAGUUUAAAAAUAAUACAAGGAUGCACAGUUUCCACUUUGAUAA